CAUUUUGCGAAAUUUUGUGAAAAGCUAUGAAUACCAGGAUCAUGUCUGGAAAAUUUGCAGCGAUCGCGAGAAACCCCUGUUGCAAUUCCUUUCUUCCUUAUCCGUUACGCACUUUCGUCCGGAUUGUUUAAACAAUUGUUUACCGAUGUGUUUCGGUUCCCGAUUGUUCCUCAUUGUCUUUGCACAGUGGUCAAGAUGCACCCUUCGGCGAUAGGGGAGAUGAAAUUCGCGUCUCGAAAAAUAUAGGGGAAGUUUAAUUUCUUAGUUGGCGAAAAGAAAUAGGUUAUUGAUUAAAAUGAAAAGGUUUAGUUUAUUUUUAUGUCUGAGAAAUAUGGUCUUCCAUUUAAUACGAACCGAGUUCUCGUGACUUGAUUCUUUUUGUUGUUGUUGUUGCUGCUGCUGUUGCUGUUGGGUACAAGUCGAGGAAGGCGGGAAGCGGGGUUGGAAGAGGAUAACAAUUAUGGUCCUGAAGACGGCCGUGAUAGUGAGUAAAAAAAGCUAGAUCACUUAUCUGCAUAGUCUGUGUUUCGUGCAAUGGAAUCAAGCGGUGAUGAGCAGCAGUUUUGCCUGAGGUGGAAUAAUUUCCAAGCGAAUAUAACAUCGCAGUUCGAGACCUUAAGAGAUGAUGAGGAUUUUACCGACGUUACCAUCGCCUGCGAGGGUCAGAGGCUUCAGGCCCACAAGGUUGUGUUGUCCGCGUGCAGCCCAUACUUUAAAGAACUUUUCAAGAAUAAUCCCUGCUCGCAUCCGAUUAUCUUCAUGCGGGAUGUAGAGGCGAAGCAUGUUGUUGCGCUGAUGGAGUUUAUGUACGCGGGGGAAGUCAACGUCGCUCAGGCUCACCUCUCGGCCUUUCUUAAAACCGCUGAAUCACUUAAGAUCCGAGGACUCACGGACACGACCCCCAUUAAAGAAGAUCAGUUGUACAUGAAAAGUAAUCUGGAGAAAUCUAUUCAGGGCAAUAGCACUGUUACCUCAAGUCAAGAUCUGCUGGCCGGAUCCUCUACUCCCCCUCCCGCCGCCAAGAGACAGGGCAACCCGGAAGCGGAAAGCAACGAAUCCGAUCUGCUCAAGCUCAAAGAACUUAACGAUGCAAUCAUCGCGAAUCCAUUUGAGAAUUUGGAUAUAUGCGGUCCGAAGGUAGAAUUGCCCGAUUACCUCAGUGACGAGGAUAAGGAGGAUGCUCGCAACUACUACUUGAGCAGUAUCAACAAUCUAACUGGAGGAAUGGAAAUUAUACCGCAGAAUAGUUCAAAGGAAUCGUCGACGGAGAGUCUAUUAGGUCCGAUACGGCUCAGACGUCGGAAGAGUUCGGAUCAUUGGGUUGGCCCUUAUCAGCAGGCGAGGACGGCAUCACCUGACGUCAUCUCACGUCUGGUGGCGGGUCAUCCGGGGGAUGAUGAUAAGAGGAAUAGACUGGUAAAACUGGGUGAAGGUAUCGAAAUAUACGAGGAGCAAUUGCGGAGCGUCAAAUGGAGCGACUACAGAAAGUUAACUCGUGGUCUGGCGACCAUUCUCUUCAGUCCUGCAGAGCUGGCAACUUGCUCAGUGACGGGUCAGAGGUGGAGCAGAGCCGGAAAUGUCGAGAGGCCGGUAAAGCCGGCGUUGGACCGCGCUAAAGUCCAGGCCAUCAUAUCUUACGUUGCCACCAGAUUUCCGAUGAUCGAGAUCAGCAGGAUCAAGCAAGUGCUGGCCUACAAGUGCAAGGAAAACUCCACCGCUUUCAAGAUGAAAGCGGUCAGAUACUAUGGCGAUAACCACAUUCGAGAUCCGGACAAGAAUUAAUUAGCCCAUUGGAAUACUCCAACAAUGUUAUUUUUCAAAUGUUUAAUAAUUAAAAAAAAAUAAGCAAAAGGAGAAACGAUAGGUAAGUGUUUAGAAAUGUCGAGAAACUAACCAAAAUGCAGUGAAAAAUUGUGUCAAAAUGUAUAGUAAAUAUAGUUUGUUAAUGAUAUCCAACGAUCAUAUGUUUUAUAAAUAAUAU